AAUAAAAAAAAAAUACAAAAAAAAAAAAUAUAUUUUUUUUUUUUUACAUACUGUCACCAGUCAGUGUCCCUGAUCACCGCCACACCAGUUCCUGCUUGUGCGCGCUCCCCGGGAGCGUGCAGCACUGCGAUCCAGUGCCCGCUGUGUCCUCCGGACACAGUGAAACACCGAUCGUCGGACAGGACCUCUGUACGAGGUCCCGAUCAUGUGAUCACUGAUUGGCCAAUCAGUGAUCACAUGCAAAGUAGUAAGCAAGAUGUCACUUCU